CUCAAUAGAUGAGAAAAGCACUUCGCAAAAUAUCAAAAUGAUGUCGAAAAGCUUGUGUUUCAGUCUGCUGAUUGCUGUUGUCUGUGUGCAGUUGGCCAACUCCUUGACUUGUUACACAUGCAUAAAUGCAAAUGAUUGCAAGAGUGCGAGAAAAACGACCUGCACCAAUGACGCAGCCAAUGAGACGAGUUAUUAUUUGGGCGUUUACCACCAGAAUGUGCGGAAUCUAAGCAGCUAUAGAUUCGAUUGCAUGGCCCUUAAGUACACAUUCCCGAAUAACAAUUCAAUUACGCAUCAGCUGCAUGGCUGCAUUCAUCCCGAUGUGAACGCUUGUAAUUUGGUCCUUAAGCCAGAAUUUUCCAGCUGGAGAAAGGCGAAGUGCACUGUCUGCUCCGGGGAUAAGUGCAACAAGAAUCCAGCUGGCAAAAUGAGCAGCAGCCACUACACAAUAGUGGCCACUGUCUUGGCCCUAACGCUGGCCAAGAUCUAUGCCUAGAAUACAGGUGUGAAUGCCGAUCAACGAAACCGUUAACAUUUUCAUGGAUAUUGCCUAACCAAUCGUCUGGCUUAUCACAUUUCUUGACUUUGCGAUAAGAUUAUUAAUUCGAACCGAAUAAAAUUCUUACUAUUUCGCAUUUGUGACUCAGCUGGGCUAUCAAUGUUUUGGCCAAAGCGUUUUCUCUUAAGAACCAAAUGCCCGGAAUUAAAUAGGUAAAAUAUGAAAUGAAUAAAUUUACUGCAUGACAACAGCAAAUGGUUUUCGUUAACAAUAAAUGAAAGACUUAAAAACAAUAUA